AUGGGCGGCCGAGUCGUAACAUUACUGGGCCGCCAGGGCGAAACGACCGAGGAAAACAAUGCUGCUGAAGUUGUUGAAACCGUUGAGACCGUCUCGGUCACGGUGGAGGCAAGCUCAUCGAGCCGGACGACAAGAAGUCGCAACACCGCGGCUUUAGACAAGAUCAAGGCAAGCAAGGCCUUCAAGAAGCGCAAAAAGAUGGCCGACGAUGAUGAUGACGACGACGACAUAGCUCUGGCCAUCUUCGAGGAGAGGCGGGCGCCGCUUCCUGGCCAAAUGGAGAAUUGCGAAAUAUGCGGAAAACGCUUUACCGUUACACCUUAUUCCGUGGCUGGACCUGACGGAGGCCUGCUGUGCGCUCCCUGUGGACGCCAAGUAGCCAAAGAGCGAGAGGGACAGCCUACUACGAAGAAACCCCGGAAACAGACCGGCGGCGUGGGCUCGCGGCGCACCAUCCAGAGUCGCAUGCUUGAUGGAGACGUCGGCACGAAAAGUCUUGCUACCCUUUGCGUUCAGACAUUAGCAAAGAACGUGGAUCUGGCAGAAAGCUUGGGUGAUCUGCCGGAACAUCUUAUCGACAAGAUUGCUCGGAUAUUCUCCAAGCGGCGUCUGUUGAAGCCAGAUACCUUGCCCUUGUUCAUGCAGCCAUCCACCGAAGUCCUACACAUCUACGACGGCGCAAAGUUGGGUCACCAAGAAUUCAUCAACAUUCUUCAGGUAGCGUCAAACUUGAAGAAAUUCAAGGUUCGGUGUGCGGUCCAGUUCAAAGACGAGGUCAUGGACUACUUGCUCUCGAGAGAUAUUCGACUUGAGAGUUUCUACCUGCAUGGUGCAAAUCUCUUAAGCGAAGAAAAAUGGCACGAGUUUCUCGCUGCCAAGGGCAAAUCAUUGAAGGAACUACAACUUUUGAAAGAAUGCUGCCCACAGCUGACUCGCCUAAAGGUUUGCCACAAUCAAAAGGUCACAGAUGCAGGAGUCACUGCGAUUGGACAACUUUCGAGCCUUCGGCAUCUCAAAGCUCUCAAAUCUUGUAUAACCCAGAUUGGAAAAGAUCUCAGGACCUUGUCUUUCAAGAGGGUACCGGAUGCCGACGACAGUCUUCGCAUCACGGAAAGCGAAGUGAUGACAGACAACGGCUUUGCUCAACUCUUCACCAACUGGGAAAACCUGCCAUUAGAAUUUGUGGACUUUCAAAAGUGCCGGCAGUUGGAUGCUGCUCAUCCGCGGGAGAACCCCAAGAAUAUUGGGCUCUGCAGUGAGGGCUUCAAGGCGCUGAUGAACCACUCCGGGCGUAUGUUACGACAUGUCAAUGCCUUCGGUGAAACGAAGCACUUCUGCGAAGAGGUUACGGACUUUAUCCUCGGGUGCAUAUUCCGAGCCUGCCCGAACAUCAAGGAGGUCAACGUCUUUGGCUGCAUGAAGGUCAAGGAGGUCAGAGUGCCACGAGGCGUGAUCCUAAUCGGUGGCACUCACUGA